GUGAUGCCGUCAGUUCCGUUCCCCCUCCCGCGGCGCUGCCCGGCUCCUGACGUGGCUUCCGGUCUGUCCCGGUCGAAGCGGAUCCGGAGCCGCCGGCGCUGGGGACCCGGCAGCGCCCGGAGCAGGUGCCAUGGCCCAGGAGCUGAGCAGGAGCCGGGAAGGUCCCAGUGGAAGAUGAGCCCCAGCCAUACAUCAGGGAAGGGGCCCACAGGGGAGAUCUGCGGGAAUGGGGGCGUUCAGGCCAACUCUCAGAUCCUGAUCAUGACGGAUGGGCUCAUGAGCAAAGCUGCCACGAUGGAGAUCCCCAUCAACGGAACCGGGGACACGGGCAGCCUGCCGGAGGACGAUGGCCUGGAGCAGGACUUGCAGCAGGUGAUGGUGUCGGGGCCCAACCUGAAUGAGACCAGCAUUGUGUCGGGGGGCUACGGGGGCACCGCUGAGGGGAUCAUCCCCACCAGCACUGUCAAAGGCCCUGCAGUGCGGUAUAACGCCUCCUUCCCGGGACUGCGGCUCUUCCAUGCACAAGGCUCCUUUGUCACAUCUCAUUCCUCCCGAGGACCAUCCAUCUCACCCAGUGAAUCUGCUGCCAGCCGGAUCGCCAGCCAGGCAGAUGCAUCAGCAGGCUCCGGGCUGCACCUGCCCCACCCCGGCCCCCUGGCAAUGGGAGACGAGGCCGCCCGGGGCAUCGCUGUGGAGAAGUUUGAUAUUGUCAAGAAAUGGGGCAUCAACACAUACAAAUGCACCAAGCAGCUGAUCUCGGAGCGCUUCGGCCGGGGCUCGCGCACAGUGGACCUGGAGCUGGAGACGCAGAUCGAGCUGCUGCGUGACACGAAGCGCAAAUACGAGUGUGUGCUGCAGCUGGCACGGGCGCUGACCCACCACUUCUACAGCCUGGUGCAGACCCAGCACGCCCUGGGCGACGCCUUCUCCGACCUGAGCCAGAAAUCUCCCGAGCUGCAGGAGGAGUUUGGCUGUAAUGCAGAGACGCAGAAGCUGCUGUGUAAGAACGGAGAGACCUUGCUCGGGGCUGUCAACUUCUUCGUCUCCAGCAUCAACACCCUGGUGAACAAGACUAUGGAGGACACGCUCAUGACUGUAAAGCAGUAUGAGACGGCAAGGCUGGAGUACGACGCCUACCGCACAGACCUGGAGGAGCUGAGCAUGGGCCCACGGGACGCCAGCACCCUGUGCCGCCUCGACGCCGCCCAGAGCCACUUCCAGAGCCACAAGGGGAAGUACGAGAAGCUGCGGGCCGACGUGGCCAUCAAGCUGAAGUUCCUGGAGGAGAACAAGAUCAAAGUGAUGCACAAGCAGCUGCUGCUCUUUCACAACGCCGUCUCCGCCUACUUCGCCGGCAACCAGCAGCAGCUGGCCCAGACCCUGCGGCAAUUCAACAUCAAGCUGAAGACGCCGGGUGCCGAGAAGCCCUCGUGGCUGGAGGAGCAGUGAGCGGCCUGAACUCUGAGCUCUGGCCGGGGCCAGGCGCGUGUGGGCGAGGGGGACCCCUGCACAAGCCCCGCGGCCUGGACCCCGGCUGGGUACAUGGGGUCCCUUUGCCUCGGGUGGGGGCUGGAGACGGGCCCUAAGCUGCGGCAGGGCUCCCCCGUCUGCAACUCUGCCCUGGGAGUCCGGUGCCCCCAGCCUGGGCUGCUCCUAGGGGGGCAGCGCUUCAGUGACCCCCACCCAGUGCAGCUGCAGGGCAACGGGGGUCACUCCUGGGGGGGCCGGUGUGUCCUGUCGUCCCCCACUCCCAACAGGCCUCACUCCUGGGGGGGGGCAGCGUGUCC